GUGUUGCUCUCACAACUUGUUAUAAAAGCUGAAUUAAUUACUUAUUCAUCCUGAUACAAGUCUGUCUUGACUAUGAUUUAAUACACCAUGUAGCUGCCAAAUGUUCUUCUCAAGGUUCUGGUGAUAACCAAAUGUUACUUUCCCCUCAAUGAUUCCCAGCCCUUAGAUAACUGGGCAUGAUUUGAUUGGACUGCCAUUUGUAUAAAAGGGUUGCUAACAAAUCAAAGGGUCUCACAGAUCUUUACUGUAAGAAAAUGGCACUAUUCGGUCUCCUGUCAUUUAUAGCACUUGUAAGUGCUACUUAUGGAUGUGGUACGCCUGCCAUCCAGCCUGUCCUCACUGGAUAUUCCAGAAUUGUGAAUGGUGAGGAGGCCAUUCCAGGAUCCUGGCCAUGGCAAGUCUCCUUACAGGACAGCACCGGUUUUCAUUUCUGCGGUGGAUCACUGGUCAGUGAUGAAUGGGUUGUUACUGCUGCACAUUGUGGUGUCAGAACUUCACACAGGGUUGUCUUGGGUGAAUUUGAUCAGCGUUCAUCUGCUGAGAAUGUUCAGGUUAAAUCUAUUGCCAAGGUCUUCAAACACCCACAAUAUAGCAUGUUUACAAUCAAGAAUGACAUCACUCUGAUUAAGCUGGCGUCUCCUGUCACUCGACAACUACAAGUAUCUCCUGUUUGUGUAGCAGAGGCAACAGAUAACUUUGAAGGUGGUUUGAGAUGUGUCACCACUGGAUGGGGACUGACUGAUUCUUCUGCAAGCCAAACCCCACCCAGGCUGCAGCAAGUAGCUCUUCCUCUUCUCACUAAUACCGAAUGCAAGAAAUACUGGGGCAAUAAAAUCUAUGAUGUGAUGGUCUGUGCUGGAGCUGAUGGUGCCUCCUCUUGCAUGGGUGACUCUGGUGGACCUCUUGUGUGCCAGAAGGAAGGAAGUUGGACAUUGGUUGGCAUUGUGUCCUGGGGAAGCUCCACUUGUUCUCCAUCAACUCCUGGAGUAUAUGCACGAGUUACUGAACUCAGGGAUUUCAUUGACCAGACUAUUGCUGCCAACUAAAGA